ACAAAUGAUUUUCAGCGCUGGGGCGCAUAGAUUCUUCCAUACACCUUUACCGCACACUAACAUUUCCCCUCUGGCAGCUCCUCCUCCUUCUUCCUUCUUAUUCUCUCUGUGAUUAAUGGAUUAGAGGAAUUUCUUACAGCAUUAAAUAAACAAAACCCACCAACAUAAAUUCUCGAAAUUCCCACGCUGCAGUGCUUGUCUGCCGUCCUGCAAAUCAACCCAUCACAACAACAAAAAACCGCUUAAUCCACGAAACUUCUCGAAACUUCCCCUUCACUGGUGUCUCUUUGAUCCUCUCUGCUCUCAGCUUUGGGAGCUAGCAGCUCUCACCGGAGAGGGUGAUCAUCGUCGCCGACGAGGUAAUUGUCUUGUGUACGACGCUUAUUUCUGUUACUCCUCGUAUGUGCUUUCCUUUUUUUGUGUUGGUUGUUUGAUUGGUGACUAUUUCUCGAUUCCGGGUUUCGUUGUUUGGUUGGUGGGGAAAUGGUAAUUGGGCAAGUGUGGCUGUGGUCUUAGCUGAGGGGAAAUGAAGGAAAGAUGGGAUCUUUUUUAAUUGUGGUUGAUUUGUCUUUCUUGGUCUGGUUUUAAGCUCCAGCUGGACACUUUGAGCCAUUGUCAUUGCAUAAUUCCUGCUAUUUUUGGUACGGAUGUUAUGGGCUUUGUCCCCCAACUCUGCUGUUAAGUUAAACCAUAUGAAAAGCUUUGUUGGGUUGGGGUUUGCUUGUAAAGAUUGCCUCUGAAUUGUGACUUUACGCGAACUGAAAGCUGUGGUUUUGGUAUGGUUUGGGGGUGGGUUUUAGGCUAUGGUAUUGGGAAAUGUGGGACUGUUGUUGAACAAGUGGCCUUAGAACUUUCCCCAAAACCUAGUUGUGAUGAGAUGAAAUCUUCAGUUUCUUGUGCUUGCUUGAAUCUUCAUUGUAUCACUUGGUGCAGAGUGUGUCCUAGCUCUACUAGGAUGACAGUGAAUUUUGCUCUCUCCUACCAUGCUGAACUCAUGACUCCUCAUGUUUCUCUUUCGCCUUCAUUGAUUUCAAUAGCAUGUAAGUCAAACUCAUGAAGCCUAGCUGUAAUGGAAUGGCGAGACUGCUUCACUAUGACAUGAAGGUAUUUGGAUCAGAGCAAUUCUCGUGCUCUCUAACGAGUGAGCAAUUCUUUCCCAGUUGAUUCCUUCGAUGUCUGCCCAUCUUUGUUCAUGAAUCGGCAAACCUUUAGGAUGUUUUGAUGAGUCUGAAUCAUGUGCAUCUCAGCUAAUUCCAACUAUCAUUGCUCUUGAAACAGUGUUACAGAUAUGAACAACUGAAGUACGAUUAGCACCUCGACUAGAUCUCCUGUGUCUUUAGCAAUCACCCUCAGUUUCUCAUGGCUUCUUCAGUGGAAGGUCCAGAGGAAGUUCCCUCGAAUGAGAAGGAGCAACAAAAGACUGCUGAUAAUGUCAGACCUGAAAAGGGUGAAGAGACCGAUGAUAUCAAAACUCAUACAUUACAGAGUCAAGAAAAAACAAUGUCAAUUGUUGUCCAUGAACAAAUUCCAAAGGAGCCUGAUGAUGGAGCAAGUGUCUCUUCCGUUGAGCGUGUGAAAGUCUUUCAUGCCACUCCACAUCCUUUACAAUCCAUUAAGGAUGGAAGAAGUCCUGCCAUACGUGAGAAAGUGUUGGAGGAUGGAUACAACUGGAGAAAGUACGGGCAGAAACUUGUUAAAGGAAAUGAAUUCAUUCGAAGCUACUACAAAUGUACUCAUCCCAGCUGUCAAGUGAAGAAGCAGUUGGAACGUUCACAUGAGGGUCAGCUCGCAGAUAUCGUUUACUUUGGCCAGCACGAUCAUCCUAAGCCUCAAGCCAAUCUCACACCAGCUGUAGGUUUUGUUUCAUCGAUCGAAGAAAGAUCCGAUGGCCCUUUGUCACCUGCUGUGAAAGUAGGGAAAGGGCGCCCCCCAAUCAAUCCCACAAAUGCCUCCCAGAUGUCCACACUGACAUCUACUGAGGAUGUGAGAACCGUGCCAUCCGAAGUGACUAGGAAAAGAGAUGAAAUUGAUCAGGAAGAUGAUCACCAGUCUAAACGGCAGAAGAAAGCGAACCGUGGGAUUGUUGAUCCUCCUGUUGUAGACAAGCCAGCUGGUGAACCACGAGUGGUUGUCCAGACUCUGAGCGAGGAGGAUAUCGUGAAUGAUGGAUAUCGUUGGCGCAAAUAUGGCCAAAAGAUGGUCAAAGGAAAUCCUAACCCGAGGAGCUACUAUAGGUGCUCGAGUCCCGGCUGUCCAGUCAAGAAACAUGUCGAGAGGGCAUCCCAUGAUCCCAAGGUGGUUAUAACCAGUUACGAAGGAGAACAUGAUCAUGACAUGCCACCGUCAAGGACUGUUACUCACAACAUACCUGGUCUGGACGCUUGUACCUCAAACGUUCCUACCGAACAAAUCGACUGCAGCACACCAGCUUGUAACACUCCUGAUGCCAAUGCUAAACCCAAGGAACAACUUAAUGGUGCGUCGAGAACUAAAGCCAAAGGGGACAAGGGCAAAGAAGGUCUUGUUGACAAGGGGAGUGACAAGGUUUGUUCAAGUCCCAUUCACCUGGACGAAUUGAAAUCGAAAGACCAGCAGAAUGAGAAGUCAAGCGCCUUGGAGGAAAGUGAUGCUGCUGACCAUGAUUCCGAUGCCACUACUAGUUUUAUUCUUGAAGGCAGAACAAAUGACCAACCCACUGGUGAGUCAAAAGAAGCAUCAGAAGAGAAUGGUUGCGAUUCCAAAGUUCAUUCUGCUGCCACUACUCAUCCAGACUGCAAACCAACUCAGCAACACAUCCCGGAUUCGGAGCCUGUUCAACUUAACUGAAAGUAGAUUCUUUAUCUUGAACUUGUGGGUGAAAAAUGAAUUGUUU